AUGACAGAGAGGAAGCCUGUUCAAUACUUUGGCUUUGGCGGUGAUAAGGAUGAUGAUAUAUACAGUGGUGGCCAUCUCCACUCUGCUGCCGGUGGUCUGGCUGCACGGAGCAUAAGGGACAAUGACAUCGAUGAUCAUAAUAAUAUUCAUAAUGGUGGUGUUGUUGAUAAUGAUACUGCUGCUGCUGUUGGGGCUGUUGUUGAUGAGUCGGGCAAACGCACAACCAAUAAUGUUGGUAAUCAUCAUCAUCGAAGAGGUGAGGUGGAGGGAAUAGACAAUGCAGGGGCAACCUCAUCAUCUUCGUCAUCCCAUGCCUCCAACAACAGUAGCAGUAACUACAAUAACAAUAACAAACAACGAAAGAAGAAGGACAAGCAUAACAAUAACAACAACAAUAACAACAAUAACAAGAGACAUAAGUCCAACAACAACAACAACCAACAACAACAUCAUCGUGGAGGAGAUGGUGAUAUGAAUGAGGAUGACCCAACCAAACCAUUAGUCAUAUCCGAUGAUUCGGAUCAUGAGCAACCAAUCGUGAACGAUAACAACUCGCAUCUAGACAUAUUGGUCAACACCUUGGCCAAUGGUGAAUACAACUCUGCUUCAGACUCAGCACCUCUAUCACAAGAGGCUGUACAGGAUCUAUUGAACCUGCUAGAGGAGGUCAACAUUGCAUAUGGAAAUGAGAAGAACAAGAUCAGAUAUUCAAGAAAGAUAAAGGCACUUUAUAGAUGGACUCUUGGUAUUCUACCAUCGACAGAACAUAGUUCACCUGCUCUUCGUGCACUUUAUCGGAGAUUCUGUAGCAUUAGACAUGACGAUGAGAAAGAGAGGAAGAAGAGGCUGGAGUUGUCCAAGAGACUACUGCCAUAUUUAUUCAAACUUCCAGAACAACCUCGGCCACUUACUAUCAAGGACACUGCUCCACAACACCAACAACUACUCAAUCCAUCAAAGCCACCAAAGAGCCUAACUUAUCAAGACCUUACAAGAUUCAAAAAGAUAUCCGAGACACUCAAUCAAGAGCAUCAGAGAAGCUUGGAACAAAGAAAGCUUCAAAGAAAGGAUGCCCCUCCUACUCCACCAAAGGCAACAUCAUCUUCAUCAAAGUCCAAUGACCUACUACCUUCGCCACCAGCGGCAGCAGUAGCAACACAGCCAUCAUCAUUAGCCACCAGUAACAACAACAACAACACCAACAACGCGACGAACAAAACGAACGACAAUCAAUCAUUAUCCGCCCCAUCACAACCAAUCAUCCCCGAACAUAUCAUUGAGGAUGAGGAGAGAGUUGUGACGAUGCCCGUCGGCACACCUAUACCUCUGUCUGCGCUGAUGAAGAAGAAUAGCACGCCCGUCCCAUCAGAUGCCACAUCGUCCAAACAGGAGCCCGCGACAAUGGGUGCGACAGGCUUCCAGCUGGAUGCCAAGCUACUGGAAUCACUGAUACCAAACGAGAGGGAGAGUCAGAUGAUCAAGGACCUGGCCACUAUGACGAUUCCCUCGCCCAACGGCGAGACCACACCGAUGACGCACGUCACAACCAAGCAACUGAUUGCUGCAGCAGGCAAUCCAACGAUCGUAGACGAUGUUAGAACACUGUACAACAACCAGACCAAGGCCGAACAUCUCCUGCUAGCCAAGCGGGCCACCAUCAUGGAGCAGCUCGCCCUGAAAAGGAAGGAGGCCAACGAUGAGUUCCAAAUACUCUCCAACCAAGCCAACGACAUGCUCAUCAAGAAUCAGAUAUACAACAACUAUCUGUUGACCGACAAGAUGUUGACUGAUGAGACUGAGAACAUACUGAAACAGAUAACAAAGGAUAUAUUGAUUGAGAUGAACCAACAGAUACUAUUACAACAGACUAAGCUACAACAACAUGGUGUUGCCGGAUUCUUCCCAACCAAGAACCUGGAAAUAAUCAAGUGCCAAACCAAGUUACUGCGAUGUCUAUUCCCUUACUCAAUAAUAUAG